AUGCAAGGGGGGGGCACCCCAUUCAGCUGGCAGCAGCAGCAGCAGCAACAGCAGCAUCAGUGGUAUGGGGGGCAACAGCAGAUAGAACAACGGCUUUGGCAUACCACAGACCACCACCAGCAGCAGCAGCAGCAGCAGCAGCAGCAGCUGGAUUCAGCGCAGGAGUGUUCGCAGCGGGGAUCCUCUCGAUGGCAAUUCCUGUGUACGUACACCCGAGAAGGAGAAGCAGAGCUGCAACAGGGGGGCCCUUCACAGCACUGGGGGCCCCAACUAGGGAAUGAAACCCCCGACUGGCACCAACAACGAUCUCAUCAGCAGCAGUUGCUGCAGCGGCAGCAGCAACUGCUGCUGCAGCAGCAGUGGCAGGCGCAGCCACAACCCGAAAGCGAGCCAUGCAGCUCCCCCCAGGGCAGCUCUCCAUAUUCACAACAGCAGCAACAGCAGCAGCGUCAGGGGCCACGCAUAUGGGACUCACCGACCCCGCCUUCUCAUUGGGGGCAGCAGCAGCAGCACCAGCAGCACCAGCAGCAGCAAGUGCAGCAGCCAGUGCAGCAGCAGCAACGAUGGCACCCCCCUUCUGAAUGUGAGGACACGCAGCGGACGUUCCUACAGCCGGCGAAUCCAUGGAGGCCUCAAGGACCUCUGCGGCGUCGACAGUGGCAGCAGCAGCAGGAGCAGCAGGUUCAGCAGCUACAGCAGCAGCAGCAAGUGCAGCAGCAACUACAGCAGCAGCAGCAGCUGCUGCUGACCGGUGACGGCUCACAAAAGAACAGCUUCUAUGAGGGGUCUCAGACGACAGCAGCAGCUCCAGUGCCGAGAUCCAAGAGGGUUUGGGGUUUAUCAAGGGCAGCAGCAGCAGCAGCAACUGCUGCUGCUGCUGCUGCUGAAGCAGGAACUCCUGCUGCUAUCAGCAGCAGCUGGGACCCUUCGUUCCCCCCUUCAAGUCUGGCCGUGCGCAGCAACAACGGCGGCGGCGGCAGCAGCAGCAGCAGCUGCUGCAGCAGCUGCAGCAACUGCUGCAAAAGGGAAGAGCUCAGCUUUGAGGGGGUGAAGGCUGCAACUGCAGCAGCAGCAGUUGCUAAUGCGGUGCUGCAAGCUGCAGCGCAGCAGCUGCCGUCCGUGCUGCUGCCUCCAGCAGCAAACGCAGAGCUGCCGGGGCCAGCUGGCCGUCUGCUGCGGCUGCGGCAGAAGCAGGAAAAGGGAAAAAAAAUCAAGUGGGGCCUCUAA